CACAAUCUAAACUGUAUUGUUACGGAUGUCAGUGAAAUGUCAAUCACUUUGCGACGAUUGUUGUAUUUGUUUAGAAUUUUUGUUUAACUUGCCAAAUAAAUAAAAUAAAACAAAAGCGAAGCGUAAACCAAACGCAUUUGCAGCCAUGGCUCACUCAAGUGUGGUCCCCAGCGGCAAACGCAAAGAAAUCUACAAGUACAAUGCGCCAUGGCCUUUGUACAGCAUGAACUGGUCAGUGCGACCCGACAAACGCUUCCGGCUUGCGCUUGGCAGUUUUGUAGAGGAAUACAACAACAAAGUACAGAUUGUUUCACUUGAUGAAGAGAACAGUGAAUUCACACCAAAGAGUACUUUUGAGCAUCCAUAUCCCACAACAAAAAUCAUGUGGAUACCAGACAGCAAAGGAGUAUUUCCAGAUUUACUAGCAACUAGUGGUGAUUACCUAAGAGUAUGGAGAGCAGGUGAACCAGACACACGCCUUGAAUGCGUCCUUAACAACAACAAAAACUCCGACUUCUGCGCGCCGCUCACAAGCUUCGAUUGGAAUGAAGUGGACCCAAACUUAGUAGGCACCUCAUCCAUUGAUACAACCUGCACAAUAUGGGGAUUAGAAACCGGGCAAAUGAUCGGAAGAGUAAAUCUAGUCUCUGGUCAUGUAAAAACACAACUUAUCGCACACGAUAAAGAAGUGUACGACAUUGCAUUUUCACGCGCUGGUGGCGGUAGAGAUAUGUUUGCCUCUGUGGGCGCAGACGGUUCAGUCCGUAUGUUCGAUUUAAGGCAUUUAGAACACUCGACCAUUAUCUAUGAAGACCCUGCGCAUACACCUCUACUACGUCUUGCGUGGAACAAACAAGAUCCAAAUUACCUCGCUACAAUCGCAAUGGACGCCUUGGAAGUAAUAAUUCUGGACGUGCGAGUUCCAUGCACGCCUGUCGCAAGACUGAACAAUCAUCGUGCGUGUGUGAAUGGCAUAGCGUGGGCGCCACAUUCAAGUUGUCAUAUUUGCACCGCCGGUGAUGAUCACCAAGCGUUAAUCUGGGAUAUUCAGCAAAUGCCCAGAGCUAUCGAAGAUCCGAUACUUGCUUACACUGCAGCCGAAGGAGAAGUCAACAUGAUUCAAUGGGGCGCUACGCAACCCGACUGGAUUGCGAUAUGUUACAAUAAAUCACUGGAAAUCUUAAGGGUGUAAUGUGUAAAUAUUUUCUGCUGGCUUUUAAUUUAUGAAUUAAUUUAAAUGAUAAGUUUUACUUAUUUGUAAAUCCAAUUAAUAAUGCAAUUUGACGAUUUUGUAUCAGAGUUUGUGUGAAUAUGAUUUACAUUUGUUGUAGAAGUUUAGAAAUCUCAGAACUACAGACUGAUGAAAUAAUAAUCAAUGCGAUACAGCCAUCGAUGAAUACACUGUGUCGCUCUUCAUUUAUUUUAUCAGUGUCACAAUAUAUCACAGUAAUACAAUAUUUUACAUUGUAAUAUGUAGCAUUAUAUUACAAGAAUAUCGCAGUUUUGUAUAUACCGUAAAAUGUAAAUCAAGGAAUGAAGCGAGAACGCGUCAUUGAUGUAUUUAUAAAACAAAUGUAUUUGUAUCUUGAAUAGAACGAGUAAAGGUAAAAAUAAUGUAA